AUUUUAAAAUAAAACCUGUCAUCUCUGGUUGCAAUCUAUCAGAAAAUGCUGUAUUUUUGUUUAUAUUGAAUUCAGUAAAAAUUAAUUUAGUUUAGAAUUGUUUCACCGAUUUAUAGUCAAGUGAGCACAAUGAAAUUUUCUACGAGCAACGCGAAAUGUUCUUCAUACAGUGGGAAACAUGUUAUUUACGUUGGAACUCACACAGGUUCAUUCAAAAAACUAGAACCUUUCCAAGAAAAUCCAUACCUCCAAACAAAUCUUCAACAGAUCGAAACGUUGGAUAAGACAUCUAAGGUAACGUGCAUGUCAUUCGGUAACAAGGAGCAAACUGAAAUUUUGCUUGGUAGAGCUAAUCACUACGUGAAGGUAUUCAACUCUGAUAGCGAGGUCGCUGCGUCCAGUUUUGAGGCAGGCGAUGGAGAAGUGGUUGGGCUCGGCAGGUCAGAUGGUUGUAUAGUUACUGGUAUAGACAAAGGCAUAGUGAAAAUCGUCAGGUAUCCAGAAACUACCGAAUUCUCUGUUGGUGAAAACCUCGCCAAGCUUAGAAUCUGUUGUGAAGAUCAAAAUUUGAUGGUGACCGGCGGAAAGAAUCUUAAACAAAUUAUUAAAGUGUGGGAUUUAGAGAAUCAAAAAGUAAUCUUUGCUGCCAAAAACGUUAGGAAAGAUAUGUUGGAGCUGGAGCAACCAGUUUGGGAAAACGAUGUUUUGUUUUUGGAUCGGAACACUAUUGCAUCAUGUUCACGGCAUGGAUAUGUACGUGUGUAUGAUCUAAGAGGAGUGCAACGUCGUCCAGUGCAGGCUUAUAGUCCUCCAGAUGAUCAACUAUCUUUCACAUGUCUAGCUGGCAACGGAGGGUAUCUGUAUGCGGGAACGACCACUGUAGGAAUGCGUGCUUUUGAUAUACGAAAAAUGAAAAAUCAUAUCCACGUGUACAAAGGAUUCACCGGAACAAUCACUAGUGUUGACAUAGAUGCCACUGGAAGUUAUCUUUUCACAUCAUGUUUGGAUAGAUAUGUUCGGAUUCACCAUGCUCACAAAACGGCGAUGGUAUAUCAAUGUUAUGUUAAAUCAAAACCGACUCAAAUCUUGGGCACAGACUACAAAGAAAAGGCUGUCGUGGAAACGGACGAUGAUGAUUUGAUAAUGAUUGAAGAAAAUGAAAACGAUCAAGUCGAUUCAGAAUAUGAAGAUUUGUUUGCCAAAAUGCAAACCGUGAAGGAAAACGAAACUACCAAAAAGCGCAAAAACGACUCUGAAUUUCAGAAUCCGUCGAAGCUGAAAAAAUCGAAAAAGAGAAAAACAAACACUGAAUAAACAUUGUUUUCCAACUAUAG